AUGAUUCGCCGUGAAAGUUCGGAAUUUUUGCGACAAAAACAAAAGCAGUGGGAGAGGGAAAAAGGUGAAUUUUUUAAAAUAAUUAUUUUCGGUUUCAAACAAAGUUUUUGAGCUGAUGGCCCUUUUUUUGCAGCCGACUCUGAAAAUCGAUCGGAAUGGUUUCCGUUCGGCGAAAAUACGACUCCCGGCGGAGGAUCACCGCUCAGAAAACAUGCUCCGAAGGGGAAAGAGCUCCACGAGCACUCGGUAAGCUUUUUCGAAAUUUCGAUGUUUCAGCCACUCGUAUAGUGCGUGUAGGCGUUUUUAAAAAAGUUCGAACAUAGAAAAGUACCUGGCAAAAUUACAAAAAAAGAUUAGGAAAGCCUCUGCAUGACUCUUUCUUGACUCAAUAGCCCAAAGGGAUAAAAUGUUCUCAUGCUAGCAAAACGCUUCUAGAAUGUGAGCGGAUCGCAACUGAAAUCCACAUUUCAACACAAAAAUGAGACACAGUUUCAGGCAGUCUCCGUAAAUCAUCGCUGACAUUCUUUGAAAUGUUCUUGUAAAAUUCUUGAAACCGAAAUUGUUUUGUCCACAUUUUCGAUGUCUCUUCCAGCCCAUUGAACACAGAAUUGUAGCAUUGUGUUCCUAUACAAUGCCGUCAUUUUUUUUUGCCAUACACAUAGCUUCUCCGACGAUUUUCCGAUCAAUUUGGCCUACUUUUCUGGCCAAAUGAAGCCCCAUUCAAUUUUCACGUCAUUCCGAGUCAAAGAGCAUGUGAUCGGGCUCUUAUCAAACAUUUUUCUGUUGUUAUCACAUUUUCGGGGUUGAAACCCCGAAAAUGUUGCCAUUUAGCCAAACAUUUUCGCUAGUUUUUAUGACCUCCCCAAUUGCUUUUGGCGAUUAAAACCGGAAAAAAAAUUGGCUCCACAAAGCUCCAGAAUAUUUUGUAAUCCCUUUUUUUUCUUCAUUUUAAAUUAAGACACCUAAAGUAUAUAGAUAUUAUCGUUUCCAUCCUUUCCGAUUUUCUUUGUGGUCACACACACACACACUGCGCAAAGCGUCGAAAAGGGGCGGAGCCUCCUUGUUCGUUCAGACCGUAAUCCGAUUAAGUUUUCGCCGACGAUUUUCUCGCUUCGAUUCCAAUCGAAACGCUCGCUCGCGAUUUUCGUUUUCUUGUGAGAAACCGAAAAACCAUGCAUCUAAUGAGCGUUUGAUUUCUAAAAUGCUCACCAAAUUAUCGAUCGUUCACCGUUUUCUCGAAAAAAAAAGACGUUGUAGCCCGGUACCCCCAAAUUUUAUCCGAAAAUAGUUUAUAAAUGUGGCUUUUUUGCAGGAAGAAUCAGAAGUGAAAACCCAGGAAUCGAGCAGUGGGACCAUGUUGCCCAGCAAUAAUUCUACACAAAAAUGUUCGCCCGAAAAAAUGGUAAUUUUUCAAUUUUUUUAAAACUCGAUGCCUGGAAGUACAUUUGAGAAAGUUGUGAAACUGUGAAUUUUUGAAAAAUGAAUGCUAAUAAGCUGAAAUUCACAGAAAAAGGCAAAAAAGUGCGCUUUCUUGUGGGCACUGAUAAUUCUGAUAAUCCCCCGUUUCACCUCAUUUUCCUCAUUUUCGGAACAAAUCUCCAACUUUUGUUUUACUUUUGUUUCCAACGACACUCUCCUUAUUAACGAGGGCCAAAUCUCUGUCAAAGGCGUUCCGAGAACAGCCGUUUCUCUCUUCGUCUUCCGAAAAGUACCUUAAAACAUUUUGUGAUUAAAAAAACAGUUAAAAAAAAACUUUUUUCGAUCUACAAACAAGUGUUUGAUCUUGAUACGAACGGGAGGUUUUAAGACCGCGGUCAUGCGCUCGACGAGAGUUUCUUGUUGUUGUUGUGGAGGUUUAAGAAGAUGUACUCGCCAUUUUUUGAACAAAACGUCAAACUCCGAUCCUCGCAAUUCGACACGACACGUCUAUUCACAUCAUUAGACACAUAAAGUGAUCUUUAAAAACAUUCCAGGCACCUGCACCGCCCGAAUCAUCCACGUACUCGUUUCCCGUGUUUCCCGCCUACGCGUUUCCCUAUCAACUGGCUCCGUUUCAACAACAACAACAACAACAUGCUCCGGCGUCGGACGGAAAAGAGCCGUCCGAUACGAGACUCCGAAAUUACGCCCAAACGACGACGACGAUGCCGUUUUUUGCGCCACACUAUCAAGUGAUUCCGGCCGGCGCAAUUCCGGUCAGCACUAUUGUGAGUUGACCACUUUUUUUUGUAUUUAAUAAGAAAAAUUAGCCCUAGGAUAAUUUGUUCAAAUGUGAACUUCAACUGAAAAUGAAUUGUAUUUGUUUCAGAACAUUGAUCCAUCACAACUAUGUCCGGUUGACCAAAUGGGAAUGUGGACGAUGCCGCCGCCGCCGCCGCCGCCGCCGAACGCUCCCAAUGGAAGUAAGGGUUUUCGAAAACCGCAUUUAUUGCUUCUAUAAUUUUCGCUUUUCAGUGCGGUACGGCAUCCCGAUCCCCGCCCCGUUUGUGCCUCAAAUCACGGCCGCAAUGAGCUCGUCGACGUGCUCGGCCGCCGUUUUGAAUGCGAUCAUGAGCUCGUCCGCCACCGACUCCUCUUCCUCGUCGGAAUCCGGCGUUUCGGGAGUCAAAGACGGCGAGGAUGCGACGGAGAAAAUGAAGAAUUCGAAGGCGAGCGCACAGCAUGAGGAACGACAGAGCACUUCGGAUUACACGGGUGAGCACAUUCUACGGCCACAAAACUAAUGAAUACCUUGAGAAGAAGUGUCGUCGACGGGUUCUUCCUAGGCUUGAUAGGCUUGAUUUGAUAGCUUUCUGAUGUCCUCCAAUGAUGCAAAAAUGCAUGAAUCUCUAUGUAUUAUCGAUAUAAUAACCGGGCCGCUUUUAAAGAUCAGAAGACAUCUCUAUGUUUGAUUUCUGUUUCUAGGCGACGGCCACAACUUUAACUGCGCGCUGUUCAGGCAUUUCUGAGAGUUGGGACUCGCUCGGACAGUGAAUGUGGCAAUAGAAGAAACAUGCAGGAUUCCGCCCUAGCCCUUUAAAUUUUAUUGCUAUACAUACAUACACUUGCUUUACUCUCAUUUUGCAGACGACGAUCCGAUUCCGCUGACACGUCGAAGCACGGCCCAUUCGAGCGGCGGAUCCAACGCCACGCACGCGUUUUGCGAUUACGAGCAACAAAUCGCCGAGCGGCGACGGUGCGAACAGGAGCGGGAGGAUCGCGAACGGGCCGAAAUGCUGGAAGUGGAACGGCAGAGACGCGUUCUCGAAGACCGGCGGCAGACGGAAGAGGAGAAGCGGAAGGAAGCGGAGAGGGAGCGGCUGGAGGUAGUUUUUUAAAACUCCUUUUUCUACUUUUGAUGACUCUCAAUCUUUGUCGAGACAAGUUAUCGCUUUCUAGAGAAUCCUCUAACCAAUGAUUCCCAAUACUGUUUUGCAGGAAGACCGCCGCCGCGCCGACCAAUUCGCCGCCGCGAUGGAGAAGGCGAGAAAAGAGGCGGAACUUCUGAAACGGACGAAACUCUACAAACACGUGCUGCGCGGCGCCGAAGAAGAGGGCGGCGCCGACCAACUGGGCGAAAUGGAGCAGAAGUUGUUGGGAGUCGACUGGGAGACGGGCCGACGCCUUCUGAAGGAGGUGUCCGAGGUGGAGUGGCACAAGAAGCAGGACGAGAAGGAGAUUUCGAAGAAGGCGCCGACGGCGGCAACCAAUGCGGAGACGAGGAACAACACGAUGGCAGCGAAUAGGGCGAGGAGCACUUCUAUUGUGAGCCAUUUUGAACACGUUUUGGGGGAUUUCUUCUUUCUUUUUUUUUUGGGAAUUGUUGUGAUUUCUAGUUUGUGCUCGUUAUUUGUAGCUUUUGUGUGCAUUUUCAGAGCUCGCCGAGCAGCCCGUUCCUUCGAAAUGGAGUCGGCCGCCGAUCGGUGCGGACGACGAGCCGCGAGAAGCAGGAGAUUACGGUAGUCGAGCCGGAGCACUCGAUAAAUGAGCAAUGGAGUGGAGCCAGAAGGUUGGAGAGCAGCUUUUUGUGGUUUUUUGGUUAACAAAUGUUUCAUGUUUCAAAACAAAUUGAAAGAAAAUAACGUUCGUUUUUUAUGUUGCUUACUCGGAGAAGUAUGCGGUUGAUAAUGUUGACAAGGUUUGAUACCGAUUAAUAAUCGAUGUUCAAAUUUUUUAAAGCUGUUAAAAUUUUAUUAGUAGCAUAGAAUAAGCAAGUUCUCGUCUAGUUUACUAGUCCUAUCAAAUUUCUUGGUCAAACGAAUUUUUACCAAUGUCUACCUAUAUCCCCGACCUAUUUUGUCUGCCAAUUGGAAUAGUGGACGAAUGCGUGCAAAUGUAUGCAGAUAUAUGCAUUCUCGAGAGAGAAAGAGCGAGAGAGGAAAUCCCAUAAAGAAGAAGGAGAAGAAGAAGAAGGUGGUCACUCUCUCUCUUUUCCCGCAUUUCCUCCCUUCGACCAUUUCGGCCUUUUUUAUUCGUUUCCCAAGACUACAUAAGAUUUAGAAGAAUAAAGUCGCCUGGGAACUCUUAUUAUAGCUCAAGUUUUAUUUAAAAUUUUCUUUUGACAUUGAAAAGUAAAACUACGAAAUUUUCCUACUUAAACUAGAACUAUGCUCAAAACGUGUUCAAAAUUGGUCACUAGUCCGAAAUUUAUGAAAAUUGUACUAGUUACACACACGCAUUUCCAUACAUUUUAAUUCAAAGUGUGGUAGUGGCGGGCGCGGGGGCUAAUGAGAGCAUCUCUGCGCGUCUCGACAAUUUAAUGGGCAAACGGAGGCACAUGCUAAUUCCCUUUUGCGUUCAUUACACUUCAAUGAUGUAUGGCUCGGAUUUCACAAGAAUUUCAUUCGAAAAGCAAAUGGCAAAAUGCCGGCUCAGGCUUUUUGUGGCCUGGACUUUUGGACCACUUGCAAUGAUCCGAUCGGGGCGAAACUUUGCAGGGUUCUUGGAUUUAAAUUGAUGGAUAUUGGAUCCGAGUUUCAAACUAAUCGGAUCAUCUGGUCCCGAGAUAACUGGAUGAGAGGCCGAGGUCGGUCUUUCCGGCCUCAAACUAGUAUAUCUCGGGACCAGAUGAUCCGAUCGGUUUGAAACUCGGAUCCAAUAUACUUCAAUCCAAGUCCAAGAACCUUGCAAAGUUUGGUCCCGAUCGGAUCAUUGCAAGUGGCUCAAAAGUCCAGGCCAUCUUUGUGUACAAUUUAUUUUUGCAUGGAUACGCAGCGAGAAGUGAUGUGUCACACACACACACACACACUCGCACAGUUAUUUAUUCAUACAUGCGUAGUGGAAUGGAAUGGCAAUAUGGUAUAUAGUGUGUACAUAUGAAUGUACACGUACUAUUAUCGGUUUGCAUAAUCCACGAACCCACCCCGAACAGCACUAGAACACUUUUUAAUACAUUUUUUAAACAAACAAAUUUUCCGUAUUUUCAGACCGGAUCCCAGUCCUCGACCGCAAUCAGCAGCUCAAAAUCGAAAUUGCGAAGGCCUACGCCGCCUCGGACCGUCAGGAGCCCUUCAGCAGGCGAACAAUAGCGAAAUGCUCAAAUCGGCCAACUUCUACUGCCCGAUCAACCGGGAACCGAUUUCCUAUCGCGAAAAAGUAGGAGAAUCAGCGGAAUUGACUCGAGAAUGAGAAUCCUGGCUUCGAAAUAUGUUUAUAGAAAUUUUCCGCGCUAUUUCGGUACUAUCCGGCUCUUGGCACGUGUUCUCGAUGUUGUUAGUCCCUUUCUCGCCCUCUCUUACACUAAUCGGUCGAAAAGUACGUCAAGAACACGGAUUAUAGCGUUAUCGGUGCGAAUUUGACGCAUUCUCAACUUUUUGUCUGCAAAACCAGACUUGCAACGGGCCGGGCCGGCCCAGCCCGGCCCGGGAGGAUGCACCUAAAAAUUCAAAGCGAACUAGAACUUCGAAACGAACAUAAUUUUAUAGACUUAAAAUUUUAUAGACUUAAAAAGGCAAUGUUAUAGCAUAAAAACCUGUUAAAAAAUAGAAAUUGCUGUUUAAAGUCGCAACAUUUUCACAAAAAUUACGAAAAUUUUCUCAAGAGUGGGCGGAGCCGGGCCGACCGGGCCGGGCCGGGCCGACGAUUUGCUGGCCCGGGAUUUGGCAAGUCUGUGCAAAACUGAUAAAAUUUGGGGCAAAACACGCUAAUCUUUGGAUUAUUGACACUUCGCCUCAAUUUUCAGCCGACAACAACAACAACGGCCGUCGGCGGGCGACACAAUGAGAUUACGGUGAGAAUUUGAAUAUUUUGCGCGUUUUUCCCCAAAAUGAGCGGAAAUUGAGCUUUUUGAGUGGAAUUUGCACAUUUCUCUGCAAAUGUCGUCAGGUAAAAUGUGGGGUACGCAAACACCGCGACGAGCAUCUCUGCGGACUUGGCAUUUGAAUUUAUGGCGUUUUUGUUGAGAAAAUUCGAAAUUACUCAAGUUUCCGCCUUUUCUUUCGAACCCUUCGAUACUUUCGCACAUUUAGGCACAUGCGGAAGCUAUUAUCACCCUAAAUUUCAAAAAAUUCUCAGUUUCCCAGAGGCAUUCCAAAAAACACCGUUUUCCCAGAUUUACAGGUUUGUGCUUCAAAAAACGUGUUUUUUCUGCCAGGAUUAGGUUGAAACACGUAGAGGAACUUUAGAAAGCGAAAAAUCCCUCAAAUUUUACCAUCUCUAUCUGAAACACUUUUUGUCUGCAAUUUUACGACGACGCGAACACUUGGAGGGUGUAAAACGGCCGACAAAGCUAUCAUCGCGUUUAUAAUGAUGAUAUCGGACACUGCGACAGUCGGUGCCUUCCUGUUUUCUUCACUUUUUCCCCUCAUUUCCGAUCAUUUUUCGGUGGUGCGCCCACACACUCACACUCACUCGAAUGUUUGUACAAGCUGGCCGAGCGGCUGGAGCAACCCAGGAAAUGCUGAGAAAAGAACACUUUUUGCCAUUUUCCAGUGAUCAGAUCGCCACUUUUACACGUUUUCAAGUUUUUCCAUCUCGUGCCCAAAAUGCUCAUUGAGCACCGUCAUUCUUCGCGAUAACGCGGUCAUGUCGCCGCUUUGAACUGAUAAAAAACGGCAACACUCUCUCACUCUUCUCAUUUUUCACAUUUUUACGCAAAUUGCGACGUCAGCACGCGCCGACCCCACCCAGUUCCUCUUUUCACUGAUUUUGAUAUAGGAUUAUGAGACCGGAAAAAUAUUGAUGUAAUUUUUGAGAAGUUUCAUUCCAGUUUAGGAACUUGUGUUUCAAAAAAAAAAAAAACGUUUUUUUCCCACCUUUUUUUUUGUUUGGAUAGCCAGGCAAACUCUUUUAUUCCAAUCGGAAUAAACGAGAAACGAUCGGUGUCGGGUUACACCGUUUUUCCCAAUCUUUUCACCAGUUUUUUGUACCUGGCAGCAUCGUUUUUUCGGUUUUUGGCUAAAAUACUGUUUCAAACAUUUCUCGAAUAGUUUUGGACAUGUUUCAAUUCUCCGUGCUGCUCUUGUUCUAUGCCCAGAAAACGAAUAAUUAAUUGACUUGCAAGUCAAAAAAAAGUGGGGGUUUUCGCCGUUUGUUUGUCCACGUUUCAUGGUCUAUUCAACACGACAACACAUACGAAAGCGGUGUUCAAGGCGGCUUUUGCCACACCUUUUUGCUGGGAAGUGGUUUUCGGAAAAUACCCGCUGAAAAUUGACAAAAUCCCACAUUUUCCCCGCCUACACACUAUUUUUGUCCGUUUUCUUCGGCUUUUUAUCAAUUGGCGCCAGUAUCAUCACAUUCACACAAUAUUUCCGUUUUCCGUCUUUUCGGCGGCGCCGAUUUUAUCGGUUGUGUUCUGAACGACCAAACUUUUGCUGAUUCUAGUGGAAAAGGAGUGGUUUUGAUAAAAAUGGGGAAAUUUGCAAAGAACUAUCCAAAAUGCCCUUAGCAUCUUUUCUUUUCAGUUGACAAUUUGUGAGCUGUAGCAUGUUUUUGUACAAAUUAAUCUUGAGUGAUCCGAAUAGAAUAGAAUGAAUAGAUUGUGAUGAUGGUCGUAAAUUAUGAGAAGCAUCGAUUUAUACGAAGAACUAGGCGCCGGAAGAAAAAUGGAUGGAUGAUAUCUGCCGCUGACGCUUUUCUCUCCUUCUCUCUCUCUCUCUCUCUCUCUCUCUCUCUCUCUCUCUCUCUCUCUUUGUCGCACCAAUCUGUUGAGGUGUGUAAUACUACACAAAACACUGAUAUUGGCACGCAAAGAGAGAGAGAGGGAAAAAUGACCAUUGGCUACUUGGGUUCACCUCUCUCUUUUUUUUUGUUGAUACUGCAUUGCCGAUUUUCGAUAUGAUUUUUUUAAAAUUGAUUUGCAAUUUGCCACUAUAACAAUUCGUUUGUCACCGCCAUUUUUCGAAAGCAUUCCCAAUGACGCAACUAGCUGUCCGGCGCGAUGACUCAUAGACAAUGUCAUUUUCGUGUUUCGCAAGUUUUUCCUGAAACGUUUUCGUUUUUUUCGUCUCGUAUUCGAUUGGGAAACCAUGAUUUUCCGGCGAACAUGUGCAAUUCAAUGCGAUUUUAUAGUCUCCCGCUUCUUCUCUCUUUUUCAUUUUUCGCCGAAUCGCUCCUAAAAUCGUAAUAAUUUGCGCGGUGCGGGACAUGUGUUGCGCAGAUGUGCGCGCAAUUCGGAAACUUUACCAGUGUGCACACGUCGACACACACAAUUUCAUUGAUUUCAUCGAAAAACUGAGCUUUUCAGGCCGAAAAUCUGAAAUUUGUCGUCAGAUUCCGUGUGUGGUACGCGGUUAGAAUUACUGUAGUAGGCUUGCGGACCUUGCAUCUUAGUUGGCGACAAUAUGGGGAAAUUUGAGGUUUUUGAAGGGGUUUUGUGGUUUUCGCUGGUUUGUAGUUUGUGAUUGAGCAUUUCCCACUUGAAAUUCAGCUCAAUAUUACCGUUUUCACUAUAUUUUCACGAGUUUUCCUCUAAAAGGUGUCAUUUUUGCAGCAAUCCGCACUUUUCGGACCGAUCGCCACGCGAAUCAGUGUGAGGCGUGGACAAAUGCGCGGAAUCGGAAUGCAGUCGCCGACGAGCGUCAGAUUGGCGCAAAAAUCGACGCGCAACGAGAGGACGUCGAGUUUCGAGGAGAGCAGCAGUGGCGGCGAGGACGGCGGCAGCAUUUCGCCCGAGUUGAGCCACAAGUGAGCAUUAUUGAGCGAAUUCUGGCCUAAGUCUGUUUUUUUGCAGAAAUUUCGAAUCGCCGCUUCCCUCGUCGACGGAAAACGUGCACCCGACGCGAAACUCGCCGCCGCUCGGAAAAAAUGACCGAAAUGCGGAGAUUGGAGGAUUUGAGUACCCGAAAGUGAGCAUUAUUGUUUCGAUAUGGACGUAGCGAAGUAUUGCUACUCGAAACAAUGUUUUCUACCAAUUUCACAAUUUUUUGCAGACUCCACGCACACGCAGCGCCCUCGGCACCCCGAUGAGCCUUCUGAACGGCGGCGACUCGCCAAUGGGUCCCCACUCGUCCACCCAUGCACUCGGCCGCACGUCUCCGUCUGUUUCCCGUCUCAUGCAGCGUCUCGAGCAGAAAGGGACCGUUCGCCGGGACGCGGAACCGAAUUUGAGCGAGGAAGUGCGCCGGCUGGCCGAGACGAACCUCUCGCGAUCGCCCUCGAUGGCCUCGUUGCGCGGAUCCAUCCAGAAUCUGUCGAUCCGUGGAAGCCACCUCAAUCUGGCCGGAGAUCCGUCGCCCAAUUUGAGCAAAUUCGCCAGUGUUGUACGUUUCUUUUUUUCCGUUUCAAAUAAUGUUUUUUAUGUUCUACCUACCAACGGUAAAAAUCGAUUGAUAACUAUUGUCGUCAGGCAAGAUCCGGGCUCUAAAUAGACACCACUUAUAUAGGGUUAAAAUACACUUUAAAUACAAAUUCUGCAGUCUUCGCCCGCUCGCCAAUCGCUGACUUCGCUCAAAAAGACGACGGACCGUCAGACGGCCGUUCUGGAGCGUCUCAGUCGUCUACGAGAAUCGCUACACGCCGGAAAGAACUAUACGCCGCCGCGUGGCAUCUCGUCGCGACUUCCGACGCCUUCCGGCACACCGCCCGUCUCUCCGCGUGCCGUUUUGUGA